AUGGUUCCUCACAGGACGGACUCCACUCAACCGUCUUUGCCGGCUCCCUUUGGCCCUCCUCCGACCUCCGCCGCCGAAUCCUUCGUUACCUCGCAACGGUACUCUCAUUUGGUCCAUCGGACUUAUAUGCGGCCUCCCGCCGUUGAUCGGCUCCUCUCAAUCGACGCCUAG